AUGCAGCAGAGGUGGAGAGAGGUGGCGGUUCAGGUACAACCACCGCUUUUAGAAAAAGAGAUGACGACGCUUUUUAUUAAUACAUUAAAGGCCCCAUUCAUUACUCACAUGUUGGGAAGCGCUUCAAAGAAUUUCUCGGAUAUAAUCAUGAAUGGUGAAAUGAUUGAGCAUGCCAUUAAAAGUGGAAGAAUAGAUGGAGGGGAGAAUAAUAGAAGGGCAGCCCCGAGGAAAAGAGAAAAUGAAGUGAAUAAUGUGAAUGCCUACGGUAGGUCAAUUACUGUGAAUCAACCAAAGAAAGUGGUUGCUAAUCAACCGGGAUCGUCAAGACAAGAGUCGAGAGCUAGGCAAACUACUGAAAAGCCCCAAUUCACGCAAAUCCCAAUGUCAUACAAGGAGUUGUAUCAAACUUUAUUCAAUGCACAUGUUGUUGCCCCUCGUUACUUGAGUCCUCUACAACCCCCGUAUCCAAAAUGGUAUGACACGAAUGCACAAUGUGAUUAUCACGCGGGAAUUUCAGGGCACUCAAUAGAAAAUUGUACAACUUUCAAGAAGGUAGUGGAAGGACUUAUCAAAUUAGGUGUUGUUAAACUUGACGACUCACCUAACGCAGAAAAUCUGUUACCUAAUCACGCUGAUAAGGGGGUGAAUAUGGUGAGCGAAGGUACGAGAGGAGAAGUCAAGUCUGACAUUGUUGAAGUAAAAACUCCGUUGAAACGGGUCUGGAAAGAGAUGGCAAAGAGAGGGGCUUUGGUUCAAAGCAUGAUGGAUAACAAGGAGAUGACGUUUUAUGAAGAGGCGGAAGAAAGGAGGAGCAUAUGCGCGACAGAGUCAGGAACAGGAACUCCGAAAAUAAAUCAUCCUGUGGUCAUUAUCUCACGCCCUAAGGGUAAUGAAACUAGGGCUCAGGUAACACCGAAAGUUGUAAUUCAAAAACCAUCAAAUUUCUUGUAUAAGGAUAGCAAAAUGGUGCCGUGGAAUUAUGGGUGCAAUGUGACCAUCUUGGGAAAAGAAGCGGAAGAAAGCCAGGAAAUAGAGUCGUCCAGGGAAGAGAAUUGGAAGAAAGAACAGAGGAAAGGAAAAGCAGCAGAAGUUGAGCCAUUGGUUAAUGAACCAAUAAAAGAAGAUGAGGCAAAAGAGUUUUUGAAGUUUCUGAAACACAGUGAAUACAGUGUUGUGGAGCAACUGCACAAACAGCCAGCCCGCAUUUCUGUAUUAGCUUUACUUCUAAGCUCAGAAAUACAUCGGAAUGCGCUUCUGAAGGUACUAAACGAAACAUAUGUGACCGACGAUAUAUCGGUAAACAAGCUAGAUCGGUUGAUCAAGAACAUAGGCGCUGACAAUUUUAUCUUCUUCAAUGAUGACGAAAUACCAUCCGGAGGAAGGGGUUUUACUAAAGCCCUGCACGUUACUGUCCGAUGCAAAGGAUACAUACUCUCGGGGGCCCUGGUUGAUAAUGGAUUUGCACUGACUGUAUUGCCUCUAUCCACUCUUGGUCGAUUACCGGUGGACAGUUCGCACAUGAAAGCAUGCCAGAGUAUAGUAAGGGCAUUUGAUGGAACGGAAAAGAUGGGGAGAAUUGAGGUACCGUUAAGGAUUGGCCCAAUCACUUAUGAGGUGGACUUCUUGGUAAUGGAUAUUAAGCCUUCCUACAACUGUCUAUUGGGAAGACCAUGGAUACACUCAUCUGGGGCAGUACCUUCAUCAUUACAUCAGAAAGUGAAGUUGGUAUCAGAGGGUCGGUUGGUAAUAAUAGAUGCAGAGGAAGAUAUUAUCGCAAUGAUGACCAGUGAUGCACCUUAUGUGGACAUCAACGAUGAGGCACUGAAAUGUUCUUUUCGGUCGUUAGAAUUUGUGAACACGAUGUUUAUUGCGGAGGGAAACAGAAUUCCAAUACCGAAAAUAUCCAGGACCACCGAAAUGGGGUUGCGAUUGAUGGUAGGAAGAGGAGCCUCACCAGGGAAAUGA